CAAACCAGAGGCUGCGUAGCACAUGGAGUCUUCAUAUUUGUCAGGCGUUCCUGGAUUCCUCAACAGACCUCCCCAAACAAAGAGUUGGAGGUCCAAAAGCAGCAGCUUUAAAAGAAUCUUUGUCCUGCUGGUCUGUGCCAGCAUCAAUUUUCUUCCCAGGAACACCCAAGAACGUUGGCACCAAAGAUAAAAGAGAAUCAUUUGGAUAGUUGGGAAUACAACUGUCCUUGGAGCAGCUGCCCCCUAAAUUGCACAGUACAGCCAGUACAGCAAACUUAAACUGACACAACCUGACAUCAUUUGGUCUCUAGGUCAAGCACUUGGACUUAGAGCCCGCAUUUGCCGCAGCAGCUGCGGCAGCUGCUUGCUCGCAUUGUCCUGUCGAAGGCUGGCAUCUCCACUUCCCAGGUGGGCUUCUCAUGUCUUGAUGCGGCAAGGGCCAUUGACCAACUCAGGCGUGGCAUGUGCAAUGGCACCUUCCAGAGGGCCCUGCACCGUGGAGUGGCGCGCCGCGCGCCGCGCGGCCCGCGUGGCCGCUCCGGCGAAAACGCCGCGGGUGGCGCUUUGCCUCCUUGGAGUGCCCCGCUUCUUCGAUGCCACCGCACAGCUCUUCAGGCUGAACUUCCUGGAUCGCAUUGAGGAGCCCUGGGACCUCUUCGCUUUUGCCACGGCAAGUCGUCGACCGACCAAAGCCACUUGUCCUCGGUUCCACCGUUUCUUGGAGCUGGAAGAUGGAGACAAAGAAUCUCUUCCCUCUGCUCUACUGGCUGCUGCGCCGUCCAAGGCGGCACGACUCAAUGUAGGUCACGGACGGAGCACGCCCUUGGUGGCUUGGCCGGAAUGGCAGGAACUUCAGGUUUUUCUGAAAUCCUCGGUGGCUGGAAUUGUGGCUUGGGGUGACCAGCCGUUGGAGCUCAUGAGCCAGGUGACUUGUGAAGGUGAGCUGCUGGGUGGUUGCAUCCUACCCCUACGUGAAGUCCUCGCACUUAGUAGCUCCAGCACCGGAUUUCAUCGCGCCUUGCCCUUGGGCGCGCCACACGAGCGGAACUCGCCCGUGCCCAGCGCGGAUCUCUCUGCGGCGCCGGACUCGGAGCAGCGGAAUGUGCGGCCGGAGUUGGUGGUCGCCAUCAGUGCUGUGCUGGAAGGUGGUGAUGUUCUCAUACCUCAACAAGAGCGUAGUGCCGAAGAGCUGCGCCUCCACACCUCGCAGGUGAGGGUCACCUUAAAAUCUUUGCGUGUCGAAGAGAACUUGGCGAUUGCGGACGUGCAAAGAGGUCAGCGGAAGAUCGCUCCAUACGUGAUGGCGUCCUGUGGCCAGCAGACUGCACGGACCAAAGCGGCCUUUCUCACGGCCGGGAGGCAAGACCGGGAGAAGUUUGUCUUCACCAAGAUGCCCAAGGCCACCAGCGACUUCGAUUGUGGCGACUUACUUCGUGGAAGUUUGGAUCGCUACAAAGCUGUGCCUUCUUUGGAGGAGCGACGGAUGAAUGAGCCCGAAUUCGGGUAUCAUAUGCGCACAGAGAAUGGUUUGCAAAUUACCUAUAGCAAUGCUCAGUUUACCUUUUGGUAUCAACAACAAGAAGUGAUUGAGUUUAUGGUUUAUGACGAUCUAUUUUUCUACUACCCGGACAACCUCGUUGCCUGCGGCACACUUGAUCUUGAUGAUGCAUUCAGCGUUGCUUUUACAGAGCAGGGAGAACUCUUAGAUGAGAAUGCAAAACAGCCGAGGGUUCGCAUGCACGUUACCCUUGCACCUUCCAUUGCCACUGUGCGCCCUGGUGCAAGCACAAGUGAAACUUCAGCUGCAGAUGGUGGUACUGGCGGUAGUACUAGUUCUCGAAUUGCAGGGGAGAUAGAGCUGGAAAUCGAGUUCAUGCAAGAGCCUGUUGCUUGCCCUACCGCACUGGAGAGCACUUUCAGACAAGCCUUGUCACAGAGCAAGAAGGCAGAAGAGUUACAGCGUGAAAGCCUGCAGUAUUUGGCAGAGAUCAUCACUUCGAGCACAGUACGGCCUUCUGGCUUACCUGCAUUAGAAGACCUUUUCAGCGAACAAAAGGAAGCUCGACUGCGCGAUGAAAGCUUGGCGAUCCUUUGUUGCACCUGUGCGGUGGCCGCAGCACGACGCAUGAUCGACCAUGAAGACUGGGUGGUGGUGGUUUUUGAGAAUCGACUUGAGAACAUUGUCCAAGAGAUUUGCGAGGUUCUACUGGAUGAUGGACAUGUGCUCACAGCGGAACUGGUGACAUGCGCUCGCAGAGCCGUGAGCUACAAGACCAUUGAGAAGGCUGCGGAGGCAUAUAGACGUUCUUGUCGCAGCACUUCACAAAUGGAACAUUUGCUUCCUUUGGGCACUUUGCUGUGCAUGCUACGCUCCACUGGCGCUUUGCUACGCUCCUCUCUGAAAAGAGCCUCUGAGGCGAUUGAACCUGAUGGGUCACAUGGCUCCUUGUUCUUUGAACUCUUAGAACGUCAUCUCGUGAGUUGUGGGGAGUUAGAAGUCUCUCAGCCCUUGGUUGUGCAGCUCGGGACUUCCAGCGAUGAGCUUGGGGAUUCCCCAGGCGAAGUGGCGGAGUAUACAGCUGCACAGCAGAAGGAGCAGUUGCGGCUGGGCCGUGAGGCCAUGUAUUCCAACUUCUUUCCACAGAUCGAUACGCAGCGGCUGCUCGAUAGAGAGAAGGAGGAGUGGCAGCUGGAAGUAUUGCCUGGACAAUAUCCAUUUUUGGUUCCAGCUUCAGUGUGCAUAGGAAGCCUUUGUGGUGCGAUCAUGGCUUUCUCCAUUGUGGAGACAGCCGUGAUUGUGCAUACGAUGGACGCUCGCAUUCUGUGUCACAAGGAUUAUGAGCACAUGGCAUUGAUGCGAGCUUCCUGCUGGGUGAUGAAGGACUCGUACUUAGACAACUUCAUGGAAUGGGUGGCAGAAUCACCGGGAUGGUUCAAGAGCAUCUUCAUCCUGUCAGGACUCAUGGAUGGCAAAACCGCUUUCACCUACAUGCGUCGACGGGUGUUGAAGCUCCGGGAACUGCAGCUGGAGUCGAUUGGUGAAGCGCUGUCUCCGCACAAAGUCAUUUGUAUCUCGGGAUUCUUGCGUUCCUUCGCAGAUCUUUGCCAACCCUGGGUCGUGGAUCCCGACAGGCCCUGGACUUCGGCACAAGUCCACUUCCUUCGCUUUGAGACGGAAGUGCUUCAUUUGCUGGGUGUGCAGCUGAAUGAUGUUUUGGCACGGGAUCUCAAGAGGACCGAGUACGUGGCGCGCUUCCUGGUGGCGUGCACGAACCUCAUCAGUUUCUCCCAGCGCCUCACCGAGAUGCUGCUGGACGAGCUGGGCGACUUCUUGGACCGAGCGGCCACAAGGGCGGAGCAGGUCGGGAAGCUGUUGGCUCGUCAACUGCUGGAAGCUCGUACCAACGCCCGUCGUCGGAAUGCCUCCUUCACAGUGAGUUUGGUCGGCUUCUCGACCGGUGGAGUCGUGGUCGAGAGCUGCUUGAAGGAACUACAAGAGAUGGUCAAGGAUGGCGACCAUGUUGCCAGUGAUAUCGUUUGUGAUGCCGUGAUGUUAGGCACCCCCAGCCGAGCUUUGGACGAAGAUUGGUCCAAGCUCAGACAGCUUGUGAGUGGACGGUUCAUCAAUGGCUUUUUUGCACAGGACUCCUUCCUCUUGUCCCAUCAAUUCCGCCGCGGUGGAGCUCGCCUGGCAGGCUGCAGCCCUUUGCAUGCCCCGGAUGUCGAGAACGUUCCAAUGGAUCCAUUCAUCACCACCCACAAUGAGUAUCCUGAGCAGAUGCCCUUGAUACUUCAACGCAUUUUUCAAGGUCUUCGCUUCUCGUGGUGUGCUGAUGCGGUGAAAUGGCACGAGACGAAUGUCAUGGGCCACCAGUACUCCCACAUCUUGUACGCACGUUGGGAUUUGCAAUGGCUCAUUCCCCUGCCUAAGCUGACUUUGCUUAGCGAGAUGGAUGAAGAUGCCAUUUGGCUCCCUGCAGUCCAAGGGCAAUUCUUUACCAAUGACCGCUUUGCAGUGGUUCCGCGUCAAUGGCUUUCAGCAUAUUUUGAAGGCUGGAAGCUUGUGAUCUCUGGCGAGGCAGAGAACGUUUUCGAAUCACAGAUGUCCCGUGUGGGCAGACCCAAUUUUCUUUCUGACAGCACUGAUUGCGAGGCGUUUCUUUAUGCGCGCUUGUCCUAUAUGGGUGCCAGAGCUGCUGAGCUUCCACCCAUCUUCUACGUGCAGUGUGAACCAUCCAAAGACUUGGACACAAGGAAUCUCCGGAGCCUGGGGCAUUUCUCCUGUACGCCAUUUUCUGCUUUGAUGGAGGUGGAGGUCCGCGGCUUCGACGAGCUGAGCAACCGAGAAAUCAUCGAGGCACUGGGCGGCGCCAAGUAUUCGAAUGAAUUGGCAGGAGUCAUGGCGACGGAGUCACUUCUGCAGGGACUGCCCACCGGAUCCGACGCCUGGGAAGCACAAGGGCCAACGCUCUUGAUGCACCUCAUCAAGCCGGUAGUCCAACACUUGGCACUGCAGGAGGUGGAGCCAGUAAACCUUCCAGCUUGGACCAAGCAACACAUCGCGAACACGGUGUUCCUCGCGCAGCAAGUGGAGGUGGCUCGAGCGAUGCAGAAGGGCCUUUGUUUGGAGGUGGAGGAUUGGAGGAGAACUGGCUACAUGUGCAGCAGGCUCUUGGAGAUGAUCAUGACCUUGGCCAUGCAAAGGCACGAGCUCUUUUGGGAUGCCGUGCGCGUGGCUCGGGCAGCUGUUUGGGCUGCUCCUCUCUUCCUGGAGCAUUGGAUCCGUUUGGGCAUUGUGCUCUCGCAUCCGUCGCUGGACAUGUCGAAAGCCGCCGGAGCUUUGGUUCGACAGGCUUUGGUCCUCAACCCGCACCACAAUUGCCUACUAGGGAUGGCGAAGGUGUUGGAGAUUCCACCGAGAUCCAUGCCAGGAGGUGAAGAUGAGCAAAGGCGGCGUUUGGAAGCAGCACUUGGUGGUUCCAAUGCCAGCAGGCGGACCUUGUCCAACAGCGGCCAGGCAAUCCUGCUGAGCUUGCGAAUGCGAGAUCAACAGCGCCGAGUGAGGGAGCAGGCCGUCACGGGUGCUACAACGGGUGCGCAGUGGUUGCAGUACGCUCGGCUGCUGACGCGCCGAGGGUGGCUGAUUGCUGCUCUUGGAGUUUGCAUGCACUUGGAGGCGUCGCUCUUGUCGGAUGCUCGGCCUGAAGCGCUCCGGGAGUUGUCCACCCAGGUGUUAGAUGAGACUCGCCGUUGCCACUGGGCAGCAUGGUCGAGAACCACUGACGGCUGCUUUGCUCACCAAAACUGCAAGCCACUGGGGUGCAGAUUUGGAUGCUUAUGA